AUGGGCUUCUUCAAGCAUCUUCGCGCGAAAUCACAUAACAAGAGCAAUGAAAGCAGCAGCAACAGUCCUCGACGAUCCCCAAUCGCUAUCAGACCUGGACGUGACUUUGCUGCCAAACUUCCCAAUGACAUCCUCACAAAGAUCAUGGUGCAAGUCGCGCCGCACACACAAGAUGCAACAUUCGAGCCUAGUGAGAGAUCAACCAUCGGCGAGGGUUGUAUGCUAUGCGACUUGAGAGAUCUGGCCAAGGCAGGCCAAGUAUGCCGACGCUGGUACAAUGCUGCUGCUACUGUCUUGUACAGUAGCGUCCGUAUCGAUGCCGUCCACUACUGCGAACUGGAAGAGAUCCUGGCCGAAAGAAGACAGAAAAAGACAUUCCUCAAGGCGCCAAUCGAGUCUGGCGAUGUCCCUACAAUCAGACUGGCCCUCUUCAGCCGUACCGUACGAGAGAACCCGAACCUGGCACAUGGCGUGACAAUGCUCAAGCUACCAUACAUGACGCGAGAAACCGCAAAGGCCGACCUUGCCCGUACCGUAUCCGUCCUACCAAAUCUGAAAUACGUCGACCUGCCAGAUGGUGCUUUUACUGGCGAUCCGAAUUGCAUGCCUCUGGUACAUGAGCUACAAGCGCGUUGCCCGGACAUUCGCAAGAUGAGCUACCGUCAAGGCUCUGAAGGAUCAUUCGAGCAACUUGCUCGUCGUAGCUGGCAGUCGCUUGAAAUCAUCGAGAUCUCGGGCAUUCAUGUUGAGCCCAGCACAUUGCGCAUUGUGCUCGGUUCACUGCCCGCCCUGCGUGAGCUCACAAUGACUGACCUGCCAUGGCUUGACGACACCAUCUUCUACCAAUCUCCUAUGCUUCCUGACUUCCCUGCUUUGCACACCCUAGCAUUGGAGAAUACACCGAGAAUCACCGCCGAGGGCAUGGUUGUCUACUUUGACAAGCCUCUAAACCGCAACACCUUGAAGGACCUCUCGCUUGACGGUACCGGCAUCGACCCGAUCGAACUCUACAGGUUCUUGUUCGACGCUUCCGCCCUACACUCUCUUUCUAUCGUCGAGACCGUCUCCAAGUCGCUCGCUCUUUCGCUCAACGACCUGCCUCCACUCGAAUCCAUCUCCCUCAAGGUCCUCCACUUUGAACUCACAGACUCGGAAGAUGCCCAUGGUCUACAAAAACCCGCCGCCUCAUACUAUGCAUACCUCGCGCAAUCACUACACGCGAACGGCCUCCCUGCGCUCUCACAGCUCUACGUACGCGAUCCCGAUUUCGCCGAGAUUAUGCUUCUACCAGCUCCUCCAACACCAUUCAUGGACGGAGGCGGCAACCAACGACAGAGUGUAGUAGGAGCCAUGAACCCGCCACGGGGUCUGCAUCAGCCUCUGGAGGUCUUUUCCAAGGGUCUGGAUGAGUUGGAGUGGGCGUUCACAGCAUACCAACCACCUGCCGCUUCACAAGGACGACAUGGCUCUGGCAGCAGUGGACGUCCUCUGAGUUCAUACAGCGCUGCUCGUGGUCUUGGUCCUCAAUGGGCACAAGGCGGCUUCGGCGGAGAUGCACGCAAGAGUGUCAUCGUCGGAAAUGGCUAUGGUGGCUUCCUCGCUGUACCACAGGAAGAAGCAGCGCGACCAAGAUCGUCUGCUGGUCACGAGUCUCGCAGCUGGGGAAGCAACAGCAGCCCUGGCAACGGAGGUGGCGCUCUUGCUGCUCUUGCUUCCAUGGGUACCAGUGUUGGCAGCAGUGCUAGCGGUAUCGGUAGCCGUGGAAGCUGGCUCAAACCUCCACCAAAGAUUCCUGGAUCCGAAGGUCAUGGCCAUAAGCGAGCUGGCAGUCGACAAGACUUGUGGCGAUAG